GUUGCCGCAAGGCUGGAAUUUUUUGGGACGGCAACUGCAUGGCGGCAUCUCCAUCGCUCAGUCGCAUCUCCAAAAGUUUCCCAAAACACCAUCAUUACCGCUCGUGACAAUCCGUUUUACCCACCAAUCAACACGCGUUUGAUACUCGACCAAACUCUUACACCAGUAUCCUUCCGAUCGAUCAAUAUCCAACAUCCACUGUUUCAUCGAAUCCACACCAGCAUUCACAAUGUCCGCCCUCACGUCCGACGCCCAACUCUUCGAGGACGAGUUCAAGGUCGAGAGGAUCAGCGAUCCCAAGUACGACCGCGUCGACCGUCUGUACUGCACCUCUGUCGAUGGCCAGACCAGCAUGCAGCUCGAUGUCAACAAAGAGCUCUUCCCUGUCAAGGUCGGCGAGUACCUUAGAAUUGCAUUGGCCACUUCCUUGUCCCUCGACGGCAGCAAGGACGACGAGAGAGGUUGGCGCGAUGCUGCCAAGCUCGGCAGCGUUGAGCAGACCCUGGCCGACAGUUAUGAAUAUGUCUGCCACGGCAAGGUCUACAAGUUCGAGGAUGGAAAAGAUGGCCAGACCAUCAAGGCGUAUAUGUCCUACGGUGGUCUUCUGAUGGCCCUCGACGGUCCCUACAAGAAGCUCACGCCUCUGCGUGUCGACUAUGUUUACCUCCUCGCCAACAGGAACGCUUGAGAGCUAAAAUUUCCGGAGAAUAAAAAUAGAAAAAAAGCAAAUGUUUUUUUUAGCGGCUGAACAGCAUUAGACCGAUCAAGAGUCUAAGGCGCGAGCAACAUUCAGUGGACCUUUGGAGGGCGAACGGGCGUUUAAGGUUAUGCGUAGACCCGAAAA